GCUUGCCGCAGAAAGUUUGUUUUCAUUCGCAAAGCAAGCAUUUUUCAGUUAAAUUACCGCAAAAACAUGAAUCGACCAUCGAAUACCCCGUUCCUCGAUGGAUCCGAACUAGAAAGGAGUUUAAGAAUAGUGCAGAACGACGAGGAGGAGCAACUUGAAAACUUCUUCGCACCAGUAGCAGAACUUGCUGAUGAUAUUAGCAGCGGGCGAUCGAAAAUCGUCAAACCAUUGCCAGGUUUUUGUAUCAAAGCCUUCAAACAGGGCACGGAGGAAAAGUUUUUCAUCAAUGUCUGCCACACGGACGGCAUUCCGCCACCGCGCGACAUCACGGAGGACGAGCUGAUCCGAAUUCUGAACGAUGGUGAAAUGAGCAACUUCCGCGUCCCGCUCAGCAUUACGCAUCCGCGGGAAACACUCGACAAGUCCAGCCAAGGUUGUCAGGUGUGCGAUAUCGCGAUCAACAGCAAGUUUUUCCGCGAGAUCGAGGCCGGCGGUUUGAAGUACGAGUUUCUCGUUACCGUCAUAUUCGACGGGAUCGAGCACAAGUACGGCGUGACGCUGGAUGAGCGCAACUUUCGCAAGCUCAAGAACAAAAAGUUCAUCGAUAAGCUGAUUCCGCACAACAUUCAGAACCGCGACGUAAAGCAGGUGAUUGAGAGUUAUCACAGGUUGGAUCAUCCGGAACCGCCGCUAUCGCGAUCGGCGAAACCAGUGAAGAAACCGUUGAUCGAAGAAAUCGAUGCGGGCACGAUGAAAUCGGCCAAGAAUGAAACCAACAGUACCCGGUCGUCCGUUGUGUCCGGUGCACCUCCGUCCUCCGUUGCCGAAGUCCCAUACGUGCCGGAUCCGACAAAGGUAGCGAUUUCACAGGCAACCUCAAGGAAACCGGAGAGUAAACUAUUCCGCGAACCGCCGGCAGGAAAGGCGCAGCGGCUCAUCGGGGAAUUCCACCUUCCGGAAUGUAAUUCCUCCAGUGAAAUCACAUUGGACGUUGGCGAAGAUCGCAUCUUCCUUGAGGCGCGCAAGAAAGGCUACCUGCUAGACGUGUUCGUCGACUACCGAAUCGACGACGCUCAGGUUGAGGCGCACUUUGACACAACGACAAAGAUCCUUCAGGUAACGAUGCCACUGGUUGGGGCGAGUGAGAAAAGACCACUAUUGAACCAACCGGCCGGACAGCCGAUUUGUACAUAAAACACUAAUCACUCACCAACAAUUCAAUUGUAAGUUGAACCCCCGAAAUUCCUUGUGCAAUUGAGAAGAAAAAGAAGCUGAAAUGUAUUCCGGUUCUUUCCAGUUUCUACGCAUUCGCAUUGCAUUACUAAUAAACGUGUAUUGUAACUCUA